AUGAAUGGGCCCAGCAAGAAUGAUGGCAACAAGAGUGAUUUGUCCCAGUACUCUUUAACAGAUAAAUCAGCUGAAGUUUCCUUUUCCGGUAACUACCAAUCAGACACAAGCAAAGACAGGUUUGAAUCACCCGUCCAAUCGGGAACAAGCUUUAGGGAGCUCCUUGUAAGGCGUUCUUCGAUUGGUCACACUGCUACGGAGGCUUCCAAAGUGUUGACCAAUCAGAGGGGGGUUCAGGACCAGACUGGGACAGAGUUCUCAUUCAUGAUGUCCAGCAGUAAGCAGCAACGGUCUACAUCCACUCCUGAUACUUCUCUGAAUGGGACUGGGUUGUCGACUCUUAGCCAGUAUUCUUUGGGCGACUCGAAAGCAGGUGACACACAGAAACCGGGUGUGGAGAAUGAAAACUAUAUGCAGGAAAAGUUUGCUAGUUUAGACAAUCUCAUUAGUGAGACCAAAUACCUCAUAGCGCGGCAUAAAAAGAUUAUUGACAAGGGUAAAAGCCUAGAGGAGGUGAAGCCCAAAUUGCCUGUCUCUGCACCACCGCCGUUACCAAAGCAACCGGCUUCCUGGGAGAGCCUUGGAAAACCCCUUACCGCUGGAGAAAGUGGGUCAAAACAGAUUCAGAAGAAAGAAACUACUCUACCUACAAUAAAAGAGUCAAAGCCAGAAAAGAAGACUUCAUCUGCGCCAACCAAGUUUGAUCUUCAUGGUCGAAAACCAUUUUACAAGAGUGCCAAAUCUGCAGAAGAAAAUUCAAGGUCGUUGUCCAUGGAUACCAGUCAGGCUGGUUCCAUUUCAACUCCGGAAACAAGCAAAAACCAGUCUAACAAUGUUGAUGUGAACAGCCUUGAAUAUCUGGUUGAAAACAGUGCAGGGAUUACAGAUGAGACGAUUCCAGACUUGAGUACGAUGACCUUGGGCUCGGAACUGUCAAUCACCGAGGCGUUAAGUAAGACGGGGGAUAUGAACGAGAGCAGCGACUCCCUCAACUCUUUCGAGAAACACGAGAUGUCGGAGGCAGAGUCAUCCCAUAAUUAUGAUGACGAUGGCCUCAGAGUGGAUUCUUCGAGGGCAGACAACCUUCAACAGAUUAUUGAGGCCAGGAAACACAACUUUAUGGUUCAGAGUGAACGGAGAGCAGCGGCUGCUAAAGAACGUGCACUGGGACAGCGCGUAUCCAAGGACAACGACCACCAGCUGUUCCGGGCUGUUCCUGUGAGCAUUGUCGCUGAGCCUACCCUGUCGAUGGCAGUCAGCUCCAGCAAGGCGGAAAGAGGGAGAUCUCCAACAAAGAGUCCCAGAUGAGAAAAGCCGGAUGGUUCCAGUGACCGCAAAAGUAUAUUGGAGGCUAAAGAAAAAGUAGAAAAAGAUCAUAAACUGGCAACCACAGCUACGGCAGCGACAUCAGUGUCUUCAAAGUCGCUGAAUAGAGCUCUGCAGCCGAGAGGUUCUGAAAGUCCCCGACCAAAAGACAGCGGG